GGUACGCUGGCAAAGGCUGCCGCACGCUGACAUAUCAAUUGGCUUACCUCCGAGCACAUACCUGGCUCUGCGGUUAGCUAAAGGCUGGGCUGAUGGGCGAAGUUGGCGGUACAGCCUCCGCUAGGAAACAGUAGCCAACCCCGCCUGCUCGACGAAUGCAGCUAUAUUUGGCACUACCGGUAGUUGUAGAUCUGUGUUCUGUACCAACAAUGAACGUUCUGCAGAUCCGAUAAGCCUGAAGGCUUUAUUGAAAUGUUGCUCUUUCAGCACCACCUUAGGGGCGGCGUUCCCCACUUAUGCAAGACAAGGCAUCAAUAUGCAUACCGGCUCGGAAGCUUGGAGGCAUUGUACUGUCUUCUCACAGCAUGGGAGGCCGGGAAAGGGUCCGCUCGCUGCACUUUUGCGCCUGCAGCUACUUGACCCAACCAUUGGCUCGGGAAGCAUGAUAUCACUCAUCGCCAAUAAGCACAGUGUAUCCUCUAUUCUGAAACACAACGUCUCUCUCAUCGUUGGGCUUGGUAGCCGGUACCCCGAUCCUACCUUUCUGAACUUAGAAGCCUUGGAGGUCCUUAUACAAAAUACCUCAUGGUGCUCUUACUUGCAUACACGUACGAUGGAUAAGCAUGUGGCAGGCUGUGUGUCGCCGUUGGACGAAUGCAGGCGCUCAGGUAGUCAUUCCACCGAGCGAUUCACCAGCAACAGCAACGCAGGCAGCCUUUCAAGAACAUGGGGACCACCUCGAAAAGUACCGAGCACAGGGUUGUUGCUGCUCGGCAUGGCCCGUCCGAGCCAGAGUGACCACUGAUUCAGACCCUUGGCAACGUCAUUGGGCCGCAGCA